UCAGGGUCGGGGAGCUGUUUUGCUUGAUGAGAUCCUUAGUUAUAUUCAAUUGUUACAACGCCAGGUCGAGGUACGGUUCCUUGCGCUUGUGUUUAAGUAUAACCGUAUUCGUUAAAGGUUCCCAGACAUUGUCCGAUGUUGUAGUUGCAGUUCUUAUCAAUGGAGCUUGCUGCAGUCAAUCCAAGAAUGAACAUCGGUGUUAAAGCAUUUCCUCUUAAAGAUCUCCUUGGUGAGAACAUGAAUGAGUUACAAAAUCUGCUAGAGAUGAUGCCGUUAAAUGAGGUUCCGAAUCCGAAAAGACCCAAAUCUAGAACAUGCUGCGAUGAUGAAAUGCCGGUUAACGACCUACUUACAAAGAUCGGAGCCGACGAAGAGAGCAAUGUGAAGUUUUCGGACUUUAGUGGCUUAGAUGGGGAUCGCUUGAAACUGGGGAAAUAUAGUUUCCCACACUCUCUGAUCCCCACCCUCGAGAGAAUCAUCGAUGCUUACGGUGAUAUUUCCGCAGCAAGUAAGAUGAACCCAAGCAUUACCGAGACGGUCUACAUUAUGUUCUGUGCUUGUGUCAAAGAGAUGAACGAUCUGCGAAUCGAGGAAGUCACCGAGGAUAGAAUACUAAAGUGGAGGGACACGAUCAAAGAUGCUUUACGUAUCAGUUUCGAAGUCGAAUUCGCAUUGAAACAUUUGAAGAAAAUCGCCCGCGCUUACAUCGGUCUAACGGAACGCCUAAAGGUAAAGGAUCUGAUCAUGAAGAUCUCAAUGUUGGAGGAUGACUUGAGCUCCAAGAAACAUGAGCUUGCAAAGAUUUAUAAACAAUCCAAGGUUUACAUUGAUGUUGCAGAUGAUUUUAAUGGCAAUUUUGUCGGUUCUGGUAUGUGUCAGAGCCUUGAUACAACAAGCCUUUUGACUCCUGAUAUCAAGUCGUCGUCGAUGGUGGGUUCAGGCCUUGAAUUGCCGGAGAGUGCCUCUGACUUUCGGCUUCCGGAGGGGGCACGGUAA